AGGAUGUAAACUGUUGGUGCAGAGCAGUACAACUGGAGCUGAUAAAGAUAUGAUAUAAACUAUAUUAUUAUAUUAUCUGAGAUCUGAUUUAUGACUGAAUAAUGGCCGAAUCUCCAGACAGCCGCAGUCUUGUGUCUGCGUCCUCACAGCUCAAUUUAAUGGAAAUAGAGGCGAUUGAUGAUAAGGAGUUUGACAUUCCUCAAGUGGACACUCCUCCGACACUAGAGAGCAUCCUGAAUGAGCCUGAAGAUGAGGAUGAGCCAUUUAUUCUAGAGGAUACGUGUCUCCUGAACACAGAGAACAUUGAUACCCACUCGUGUGAAACAUCCUCUCUGGCCAGCUCUGACAGUGGUGACCGCACACACCUGAAGAGGAGGAGGAAAGCUAUGGAAACUAAUGCUACAGUACACGGAUCCGUUCUUAGAUGCAAUGUACUGAAAGGCAUCUCGGCCCAGAUAGUAUCUGCUGCGGAUAAAGUUGAUGCAGGCUUGCCUACUGCAAUAACUGUUUCCAGUGUGAUAGCCGUGGGGACGUCGCAUGGUCUGGCCUUAGUGUUUGAUCAGAACCAGGCCCUGCGGCUGUGUCUGGGCACCACAGCGACUGGAGCAGAGUAUGGAGCAGUGUCAGCUCUCAGUAUUAAUCAGGACUGCUCACGGCUGCUCUGUGGCUUUGCUAAAGGACAGAUCACCAUGUGGGAUCUGGCCAAUGGUAAACUGCUUCGAACUAUCACAGAUGCCCACCCACCUGGCACUGCAAUCCUACAUGUCAAGUUCACUGACAACCCAACAUUAGCAGUGUGUAAUGAUAGUGGGGGAUCAGUGUUUGAACUGUCAUUCAGGAGGGUGAUGGGGAUGAGGACGUGUGAAUCCAGGUGUUUAUUCAGUGGUUCUAAAGGAGAGGUUUGCUGUGUGGAGCCUCUACAUGCUGGACCUGAACUGAAAGAACAUCCCAUCACUCAGUACUCCCUACUGGCCAUGGCCUCACUCACCAAGAUACUGCUGAUAGGGCUGAAGCCUUCACUCAAAGUCUGGAUGACUUUUCCCUAUGGCAAGAUGGAUCCUGGCAGUGUCCCCUUGUUGGCUUGGCAUUUUGUGGCAGUGCAGAAAGCAGUCAAUCCUGUUCUGGCCUUCUGCAGAGGAGACACCGUCCACUUCCUGCUGGUUAAAAAGGAUGAUUCUGGGACCAUACAUGUUAUAAAACAGCGACAACUCCAACUCAACUGUGACAUCAUCGGUCUGAGUUGGAUAAACCCCCGUACAUUGGUGUUAAUGGACAGCACAGAGAAGCUGCGUGUGGUGGACAGACCCAGUCAGGACGAGCUGGAGACAGUGGAUGUGGCCGAGCUGCAGCUGGUAUACAAUAGCAGCCAUUUUAAAUCCCUCGCCACUGGAGGAAAUGUCAGCCAAGCCUUGGCUCUAGUUGGAGAGAAGGCAUGUUACCAGUCUGUGUGCAGCUAUGCAGGCCAGAUUAUUUAUCUAGGAACGAAGUCUGUGCAUAUCAUGAAACUGAGGAACUGGCGUGAGCGUUUGGACCAUCUGCUUAAACAGGAGAAGUUCAUGGAGGCUCUCUCUCUGGCUUGGUCCUUCCACGAGGGCACUGCCAAAGCUGUGCUAGGUCUAUUUGCAGACCCUGCUAAGAGAAAAGGUGUGGUUGCAGACAAGAUGGUGGAGAUUUUGUUACAGUAUGUGGACUGCUCUCUGAAAAAGUGUCCAGAGCAAGGAAAGAUACAGGUGAUGGAGCAACACUUCCAGGACAUGGUUCCUGUCAUGGUGAAUUACUGUCUCCUUCUACAGAGGACGGACCUGCUGUUUAAUCAGAUUUACCCUCGGCUGGUGGAGAACUCUGUGGCCAAAGGUGUGUUUCUGGAGAGUCUGGAGCCCUACAUUCUGAGUGAGCGGAUUGGAUGUCUGACUGCGCCCGUCAUGAGAGACCUCCUAAGCUACUUCCAGGAGAACGGCAUGAUGGAGAGUGUGGAGGGAUGCCUGGUCCACAUGGAUAUCACCAACCUGGACAUACAACAGGUGGUGCAGAUGUGCUGGGAUAACCAACUGUAUGACGCCAUGAUCUACGUCUUCAACAGUGGCAUGAACGACUAUAUCAGCCCCAUGGAGAAACUCUUGCAGGUGAUUGGUCCUCCUCUUCGUGACGAAAAGCCUCUUACAGAUGAGCAUGUUGUGAUGGGAAAUAAACUGCUGGUAUAUAUCAGCUGUUGUUUGGCAGGACGGGCCUAUCCUUUGGGGGACAUUCCUGAAGAUCUGGUCCCUCAGGUGAAAAACCAGGUGUUUGAGUUCCUCAUCUGUCUACACUCAGUAGAGGCUGAACAGGAAGAGGAAGUGUAUCCCUACAUCCGAACUCUCCUCCACUUCGACACUCGAGAGUUCCUCAACGUCCUGGCACUGACAUUUGAAGACUUCAAGAAUGACAAACAGGCUCUGGAGUAUCAGCAAAGGAUUGUGGACAUUUUACUGAAGGUCAUGGUUGACAAUUCUGACUUCACACCAUCUCAAGUCGGCUGUCUUUUCACCUUCCUGGCACGCCAGCUUGCCAAACCUGAUAACACCCUCUUUGUUAACCGGAAGCUGUUUGACCAGGUUCUGGAGUUCCUGUGUAGUCCAGAUGAUGACUCUAGACAUACAGAAAGACAGCAGGUACUUCUGGAGCUGCUGCAGGUUGGGGGUGUGGUCCAGUUUGAUGAGGGGCGUCUCCUCGACCUUGCAGAGAAGGCGGAGUUUUAUCAAAUCUGCGAAUUUAUGUACGAGAAAAAGCACCUUUUCGACAAAAUCGUCGACUGCUAUCUCAAAGACCCUUUGAGAAAGGAGGAGCUCUUCAACUACAUCCAUAACAUCCUGUCCAUGCCGGGCUACAGCCCAGAGGAGAAACAGUGUGUGUGGGUCAAAGCCCUUCAACACGUCAAGGAUCUUGUCAGCAUCAACUCAUCUAAGGCAGCAGAGUUGGUAGUGGUGCACUUUGCAAACGAGGUGCAGUCUAUCAUCACAACUCUGCAGGAUGACUAUUUGAUAUUCCAGUUUCUGAAGUGCCUACUGGACCACAGCUCCAGAGAGGGCCUGAAUCCAAAGGCUGUGCUUAAAUUAGGCCCAGAUCUUCAUGAGCUCUUAGUGGAUCUGAUGUGUCAGUUAAGUCCUCAGGAUGUCACAGCCUUCCUUAAGAACUCUCAAGACUACCGACUGGAGGAGGCCAUCCAGAUCACAGAGAAACACAAGUUGCAUGAGCCCACAGCCUAUCUGCUGGAGAAGAAGGGAGAUGUACAUGGAGCCUUUGAAGUGCUGCUGCAGACCCUGAAGGGCAAACUCCACAAACUUGCUCUAGAGGGCUCACAGGCUGACAGACCCAAUACUGAAGAGGAGGAGACAGAUGAUGAAGUGCAGAGUCCAUUGCAAAGAGUGGAGGAAGCUCUGCGUGACAUCAUUGCUUUGUGUCAGAGGAGCUCGCACGGCCUCAACCAGCAGCAGAGAGAGGCUCUGUGGUUUCCUCUCCUAGAGGCAAUGAUGUCACCACAGAAACUACUCAAAGGUCCUGAUGCCAAAUACACUUCAGAUGCACUAAAAGAGCUUACCAUGAAAGUCUUAAACAGCAUGUCUAGCUUCAUCACCCCGCCUGCCAUCAUUCAGCGUAUCCUGCAGGACCCUGUAUAUGGGAAAGGAAAGUUGGCUGAGCUCCAGGGACUCGUUUUAGGAAUGCUAGAGACCUUCAACUAUGAACAGACCUUAUUGGAGACAACCACCAAUCUGUUGAACUCUGAUCUUCACUGGUCUCUGUCACACCUGCGUAAGGCGGUCAGUAGAGGACUCCACCCGAAACAGGAUCACUGCAACAUCUGCUUACAGCAGUACAAGAGACGACAGGAGAGUGAGGAGGAGAUCAUUAUCUUCAGCUGUGGUCACCUGUACCACUGCCUGUGUCUUCAGCGUAAAGAGUCGGGGAUUUUGAACGAGAGGCUACACUCAUGGAGCUGUUACAAAUGCACAUCCAGUCAAGGUUCACGGCCAGCGGACAGAUCCAGUGUAGAGAGCUCACGAUCACGCUCCACGUCUCUAGCACAGACCAAAGUGACGUCUGCUCAUCGUGGGAUUGUGGCAGAGGCUCAUCGGAGAAAGAUGUUGACUGAAGCCACUCUAGAUGUUCAGCAGACACAGGCAUGGGAUCAGCUCCGCUCUAUCUACAGAGGACCAUCUAGGCUGGCUAUUCUGACUGAACUCACCCAUUCUCAUGGCAAUGAGAGGGCCGGCCUUUCAAACCCCACCCAUCCAGGAACAGGGAGUAUUUAUCACAGUGAGAACUUCCAGUUAAAGCUUUCUCCUCCGCCAUUGGUGGAAGAGUAGAAGACUCUGCCCAUUGUUACAAGUCUUAAUAAAGCACUACCAUGUCUGCACAGAAAUGCUUUCCCAUGUUGUCAUUUUGACUUACAACCAACUAGCAAUGUGAUAAAUGGUGUCUCUUAUGUUGAUCAGAGUGUGAGAGGUUUGUAGGGUGGGAAAGGAGGAAAUUGGAAACUUGUGAUUUCAACUGAAAG